AUGGGAGAGAGGGAGGGGAGCACGAACAGGGGAAAUAACAAGGGGGAGUUUGAGGGGUGCUUUGGGAUGGUUCUGGGAGGAGGCAGCGGUGGCUCGCCGGGAACGGUGGGACGGCGGAGGUCGGUUCACCAAUUGGUGAGGGUGACGGGGUGUGGUGAUUGCGGUGUGGUGGCGCAGCAAGGGAAACGAGGAAAGGGAAGACAGGGGAGGGCAGGGGAGUUGCGACGAAGAAGGAGGAGGAGAGCAGGGGGAAGUACGGUGGGGCGUGGUGGUGGUUCUGGGUGGCCGAGUGGUGCUGGGGUGGUUGAGGAGGUGUUGAUCGGUGGUAAUAAUGGUGGUGGUGGUGGUUUCAGUGGAACCAGCCACUGA